AUGUUUCUUAUGAUAUUAGAAUCUGUAGAGACAUUAGAAAAAAGAUUGAAUGCGCUUGAGGGUGUUAAAUCUCCUGGUCCGUCAGUGAAACCAGUUGAAGUUAUAAAUGAUAGCUCCAGCGAUAAUGAUAUUAAAGAAAUUGAGAAAGAAAAGGACGGAGAAGUGGACAGUACAAAAAAGAAGUUGCGUUUUUCUAUAACUGGUGAUGAAAAAGAUUUAAACGAUGUGGUAGUGCUCUCUAUCACAAAGAAUCUCAAAAAUCCUACACUGAUGUCUAAGGCUGAGCAUGGUCAUUCAAGUAAAGAUAAUUUGAUGAGCGAAGAAUCUCAAAGAAAUAAACGCCCAGUCAUUUCACCUCAUACCUGUGAUAUAGACCCGAAGAAACAGAAACGAAAACAAAGCAAAUCACCAAAACUGAAAGAACUUGGUCAUCAAGGACCGGGAGUAUGGAUCAGUAGAGAGCAGUUGAAUGAUGCUAAAAGUAAGCCUUCUUUUGCACCUAUGAAUACGUCGUUACUGGCAUCAGUUUUCCCGAAAGAAAUACUUUUGAAAAGUAAUUACAAAGGAGGCGCCUCUAAAAAUACUGAAAAAAAAGAGGUGAAUUAUGGUGCACUUGACGAUAAUCUUCUGAGACUGAUUAAAGAAAUUAAACACCACCGCAACACAGCUGCACGCUGCUUAAUUUCAAUCUAAACCAUCGCUGAACACCGCCGCAACACAGCUGCACGCUGCUUGAUGUUGUUCAAAUCGUCGCCACAACAUCGCCGCAACACCCCUGCAACACUGCUGUACCCCAAUGCUAAAGCAUAGCUACAAUUUCACAAAAAAUGGUAUCAUAAUUAAUUUAU